AUGGCUGCAGAGAAUAACUUCCCUCCAAUACCGGGGUUCAUCCCCCUGCAGCCGUGUUUCUACCAGGACUUUGAUGAGGAGAUCCCUGAACAGCAUCGCACCAUGUGCAAGAGACUCUACCACCUGUGGAUCUUGCAUGCAAUCACCCUGGCUGUGAAUCUGGUGGGCUGCUUUGUGUGGAUGCUGGGUGGAGGGGGCGUGACAAAUUUUGGCAUGGCCAUCAUAUGGUUAAUUCUCUUCACCCCCUGCUCCUAUGUGUGUUGGUUCAGGCCCAUCUACAAGGCCUUCAAGACUGACAGCUCGUUCAACUUCAUGGCGUUCUUCUUUGUGUUCAUGGCCCAGGUGGGCAUCAGUAUUAUCCAGUGCAUAGGGAUUCCAGGCUGGGGAAACUGCGGCUGGCUGGCCACCAUCUCUUUCUUCAGCUACAACCUUUGGAUCGCCUUGCUGAUGCUCAUUCCCACCCUCUUUUUCACUGCCACGGCAACGCUGUCCUUCAUCGCCCUCACCAAGGUCCAUAACUUCUACCGUGGCAGCGGGGGAAGCAUAGGCAAGGCUCAGGAGGAGUGGACUACAGGGGCCUGGAAGAACCCCCAUGUCCAGCAGGCAGCGCAGCAGGCAGCUAUGGGAGCCGCCACGGGGGCCAUGAUGCCGGAUCAGCAGUACUCCAGCAACACCCCACAGUACAAUGACAACCAGAUGUAGGGGAUAAAGUGGAGGGAGGGAAGCAUGUCAAAGUAUGAGCAGGAGUUUGUUAUCUGUUUAUCCCAUCCCCCCCAAAAUGUGUCUUCAUCACAGCAGCUCUUUCAAUAGGCAAUGGGUCUUCAACCCUUUCUUUACCCAGGGACCCUCUCCCAAGCAAACCGGCAACCCGGGAAUCAUACCCUAGCCAUUAUUUUCUUCUCACAUGUCUUGUCUUAGCAUCAAGUGAAUGAUAUGCAAAAAUGUAUGUCCAAGUCAAAAAAGUUUACCAGCAGCCAGCGGCACUUGACGCACUGGUAGCCUACAGUAUGCCAGAUACUUCAGUGUCAGCUGGUAAUUGGCUCCAGUGAGUGUAAUUUGCUCAAUAUUUGGAGUUAAGAAAUAAUGUUGACAUCAUUAGAAAGAAGACAUUCUCCUAUUUCUACUGUAAUAAUUGAUUAUGUUGUUGCUAGUGAUAUAACCCUGCUAUAGGGCACUACACUAUCACACUAUACCAGCUGUCUCUGAACACCCAUAAAGUAUAGACAUUUCAUGUUCCCAGCAACAACACUGAAUUACAGUAUCUGGUUUCUACUGUGUGAUGUCAUAUUCCUGCUUCUGCUGCUUUGUUUUGACGUGUCACAUCAAAGACGUGUCCCUAUCUUAUAUCACUGUGUAAGCAGGGCCCUGUGGCCACAUGCACACAGCACCUACUCUGCUUGUCAGAGCUCAUUCUGAUCACCCACUAUCCUCGCCUCAAUGCUCUUGGGGGAGGGGGUUGGUAGCCUCCUCCUGCUCAUGACUUGUAAAGUCCUGCUCUUGAUACAGUAUUUCAAUUACACAUGUGUUUGUUUUAUACACUAAGUUACUGGACUCUAGGUUUUGUGGUGAAUAAAUGUCAUCUUACAUGGAGAGCCAUGUAAGACUGUGUUUGAGUGCAUUACCUUUUUUUUAUCUACAGAAAUUUCAAAGUGUAUAAAAUAUUUUUAUCACAGAAAGUAGCACAGAGAUAACUUUAAUAUUUUACCAGGCGUGUUUAUGUACAGUAGGAGAUAGCUUAUUUGGGGGAUAAAUAUGUAUUUUAAGAACGUAUUCUACGUCAAGUGAAUGCCAGCUGAUUGAACAAAAAGGGCUCUCCCCUAAGCCAUCAGGGUGCUUUGUGAUUCUCAGGUAAAGCAGAGCUGCAAACACAGGACACAAACUGUGAACCUUUCCCCUUUAUGUCCAUGUGUAUGUUUUUGAUAGCUUAUAUAAUAUGCAUUUCAAAUGAAACCAUAAUCCUGUUGCCUCGGGGAUAUUUGUUUUAUUUGAUUCAUUCUGUAACUUGAAAAAUGUAUUACUGUGAGCUAAAGAAGGCCAGUAUGUACUGUAGUUACAUGACAUGGAGAUGUGUAGAAGUAUGCUCUUUUCUCUUAUUUAUCAAUGUUAUUUUAACCCUUUAAACUUGAUAUUAGAGCAGCACUCAACUACUGAGUGUGUGAACGUCCUCGAAAUGUCAGUAUCCCACGUUUUACUGCAGACAUCUGCAUUUCAAUACCGUUGAAGCAAUAACUCCUGUUUUGAUCCUCUUCGUAGUAUGCGCUACCUUUGAUUUAAUACUGAGGAGGUAGCGAGAUUUGGAAGUCCACUUCCUUUGAGUUUGACCCGGGUGUCGGUGUUGAUGUUCCUGGAGCUCACUGUGUACGUUGAUAUCUUAUAUCAGGCUUGCUCAGAGGCUGUUUUAAAGAGACUCAAAUGUAGAGCUAACUGUGUGCUCCCAGCUCCCAGGCCAGAAUGAUUACAGGCCAGUCGCAUUGUCAUUAUCCACAGUCAUGGACAUGGGACUUUCUUCUUAUAGUCUGAGAAGUAUACCAAAACAUAUAACUAUUUUUAGGGGACUACUGUACAAUAUGUCUUUAGAGCAAGGAUUUCCGUGCAUGUUCCUGGAGAGCGCUACCGUCCUGGAGGUUUUCGCUCAGGUCCUAAUCUAGCGCACCUGAUUCUAAUAAUUAGCUGGUUGAUCAUCUGAAUCAGGUAAAUUACAACUGCGGUUGGAAGGGAAACCUACCGGAGGGUAUCUCCAGGAACAGGGUUGGAGAGCCCUGCUUUAGAUAGACGUUACAUCUAAUGUAAAUUAAUCAAUCUGAGCUAUAAAUUAAUUGCUAGGAUUUCACUUUUUUUUCUCGUUAUGUAAUUGUUUUGCAUUGAAUGUCUACAUGUCUUAGAGGGUGCUCUUUUUAAAACGUGUUCUUAAAUGUCUUGUCUGUGGUUGACAAUGUUAGACAGCAAUAUUGUACUGUAUGUCUUGUUGUAUGGUUGUUUGACCACAGAGGGGCGCCAAUGGUUCCUUAUAUUUGUAUGAGAGAAAUUCCCUGAUUUUCAAGCUGCCUGAGCUCAAUCGUCUGUCUAUUCAUACAGUAGACUUUAGGUCUAUAGCUUGGCCUAAUCUAUAUAUACAAAGGCCUCUUAACCCCUCAAGUAGCUGUAUUCAACAUUAUUACAGCACAUUACUUUGGAGAAAUCAAGCAAACCUAUACUUAUUUUCUCUCCUACAUCUAAAAGGAAUCAGCUAUGUACUCAGUGUAGGAACUGUGGUGUAAACUAUGCAGAUAUCCCUUGACUGUGGAAGGGAUGUGUUUGCAAGUACAGUUGUUUGGGCUUCGGGUUAGCCUGCAACUGAUGUAAAGAAAUGUAGAGCCCUGUUAGCUUAAACUGUGAUAUAAUCAGCAUUCAAUUAGCUCCCUCUCUGCAGUAAUCAAGCAGAAGCAUUGACCAAAGUGUUCCCCUGGUACACAUUCAUGUGCAACCACCACAGCUCAUACCAGCAGAUGCUGCUGCUUCUUUGUCAUGUCCAUGUCAUUAAAUGUGUGGAAGAUCAUUGAACCAGUGGGAUUUCCACCUUAUGCUGAUCAUGUCAGAUUGCGUGGUCAUCUCGGGAGAGGCAACUGGACAGUAUUCUGAAGCACAGUUAGAAUGGGAGUUUUAUUCUAAAGUGUAAAUGUUUUAGACUUAAUUGUUACGUACAUUUAAAAAAUACAAUUUGUCUUGUCAUUUUAUGUUUUGAUUUCCCUUAUGGACAUUAAAAAAAUCUCUAUUCC